UGAGUUAGAAGGCAUCGCAGAGCAUCGCCACAGCUGCCUUCCCCGCCAUCUGGAGCACCGUGUCUGGAGACGGCAGCAUCACUUGCCCUGCUUCAUGAGCCAGCAGGAUGCGGCUGAGGUCCUCGCACUCUCCGAGCGCCUCCUCAUAGCUUCACACAAGGGACAAGCUGACAAUGUGGUCCAGCUUAUCAACAAAGGCGCAAAGGUAGCAGUGACCAAGUAUGGCAGAAGCCCCCUGCACUUGGCUGCCUACAAAGGCCACAUUGAGGUUGUGCGUAUCCUCCUCAAAGCCGGCUGUGACCUGGACAUCCAAGAUGAUGGGGAGCAGACGGCUUUACACCGGGCUGCCGUGGUGGGAAACGGUGACGUUAUCAGCGCUCUCAUCCAGGAAGGUUGCGCACUGGACAGGCAGGACAAGGAUGGAAACACUGCUCUCCAUGAGGUGUCGUGGCAUGGCUUCAGUCAGUCUGUCAAACUGCUGGUGAAGGCUGGAGCCAACGUUCACGCCAAAAACAAGGCAGGAAACACAGCUCUCCACCUCGCAUGUCAGAACGGUCAUGCUCAGAGCUCCAAGGUUCUGCUCCUGGGAGGCUCCAGGCCAGACAGCAAGAACCAUGGUGGGGAUACGUGUCUGCAUGUGGCCGCCCGCUACAACCACAUGGCUAUGAUCCGCAUCCUGCUGGGAGCCUUUUGUUCCGUGUCUGAAAAGAACCUGGUUGGCGACACUCCGCUACACGUAGCAGCUGCUCUGAAUCACAAGAAGACAGUACGUUUGCUGCUGGAGGCUGGAGCAGACAGUCGCAUCUGCAACAACGCAGGUCAAACAGCUUUGGACCAGGCCAGAGAACACAACAACCCCGAUGUGGCUCUUCUCCUGACCAAAGCUCCACAGGUGCAGAGUUUUGUGCGAGGCAGGAGUGUGAGGAAGAGGAGAGACAAGCUGAAGGCAGAAGGCAGAGCUCAGUCGGUGCCCAGAGACGAGAUGUUACCCUGUAAGGACAGUGCAUCUGCUGCAGACGACACCCAGAGCAGCGACCGAGCUGCAUGCAAACACACAGAGGUGACCGAGUCAAACACCAGGAGGGGAAAGAACAGGAAGCAGAGAGAAAAGCCGUCUCUGUCCGACCCUCUCCGCCGCAGAGAGACCAAGCACAACGAAGCCCUUCACAAGAGGAAAGGUAAACUGCGAGGACUCUCCCCUCACCCAGCCAUCCCUCCGCACAACUACAAAGCCUAUCAGCUCUACACACUGUACCGAGGCAAAGAUGGCAAGAUCAUGCAGGCUCCGCUGAAUGGCUGCCGCUGUGAACCUCUCAUCAAUAAACUGGAAAACCAGCUGGAAGCCACCAAGGAGGAGAUGAAGACUGAGAUCAACACCGUCCAAGACCUGAUGAACUGCAAGAUGGGCCAGAUGGAUCGCAAGAACAAACACCAGAUCCGAGCUCUUGAUAAGAUGACUGUGGAGAGGGUAUCAGCGGAGAGGAGCGAGUGUCUGCAGAGGAUCGAGCAGCGAGCCCUGCAGGAGCGACUGGAGGCAGAGAAGAGACAGGCGUCUCUGGCCAGUGAGCUCAAGAGCUGGUGUCUGUCCAAACUGCAGAACAUGGAGUUUCGCUUCACAGGGGACCCUGGCAGCACCAAGCUGCAGCGCUCCUCCUCAGCAUCUGAGGGUCUGAACGAAGUGGACGGAGCCGGCCUCACAGUGCUGCCCGCUGGACAGGGAGGUAGCUCCCAGGGCCUGGAGCUCCACAACAGCCCCACACUCCUGGAGUCCUGCCGGGGGGAGUCCAGCCAGGGGGAACCCAGCCUGGCAGAGGGCGGAUCAUCCAACCACUACUUUGUGGUUCAUGUGGAGAGUUCGCCAGAUGGUGAUAAGGCUCAUAAUGCAGAGGUCACCUCUCCUGCGGCAGCAAAGAGCCCACUGUCAUCUAUCCAGGUGGUUCGGCCGAAGGAACGCUCCGUGAUCUGCACUGACACCCAGAGGAAGAACCAGGAACUGCAGGAUGGCGACACAGUGGAAUACAGGGCGAAAGGAGGCAGGAUCCACAGAGCCAGCAGCUUGUCUCCAGCCACAGAGCGCCGCUUCAGCAGCAAGAACGAUGCGGUACUCAGAGAGAGGGAGCGAGGCCGCGACAGAGGGAAGCACCACAGGAAGCACUCCCACGGCAGGACUAAGUCCAGAGGGGCCACAGGGGUCAGGACUCUGGAGGUGUUUGGAGAACCGCCCAGUGGGCCCUCCUUUGCUCAGGAGAGGGACAACAUGCACGCCCUGGAGGUGACCCAGUACUUUUUCGAGGCUGUGUCGACGCAGAUGGAGCGCUGGUACGAGAGGAAGGUCCAGGAGGCUCGCUGGCAGGCCGACCAGAGGGCUCAGGCCGACAGAGCUGCUCUGAUCGAGAGGAUCACCUACCUGGAGGACGAGCUGCGCAUGCUGAGAACUAACAGACACGACGACUGCUAACACACACCUCAUCCACUGUGCAUAAAAAAGCUGCCAAAACCUACGUGGGGUUAUAUUUUAACAGCCACAACAAAAAUCCUUCUGCAGAAUUCAGUGUGGACGGGUGGAUCACUGAAUCACACAAUGGAACACAUCUGUUUCAGUUUAACAAGCGCCAAAAAAUGUUCCACUUUUACACCACUUGCUCUGUUGGUUGUCAUGGUAGCACUGGCCUGUUAUGUUGAUGUGUACAUACAGUUCUUUAGUAACAAGGGCAGCUCUCACACUGUGUUGUAAAUAAACCUGCUAAGGUAGAUGUUAAAAAAAUAAAAAUAAAAUGGAACAUGCUAUUUAUAGGAUAGAUUCACUCCAUCACACCAGACAAGUGCACACGCAUUAUAAAGUUAACCCCACGAGACUCUGCAUUGUAACACCGUGAGCUACAUGUUUCAUAAUUAAAGUACACUGUGGAUCAUAGUGAAAGCUGUCAGCAAAAUAAGCUUUGUGUUGGUAUGUGCAUGACAGAAUCAACCCUGUGAAUUUAGAGGAACGACCUACUUACUUACUCAUGAGAAUGUAGCUUAACUGACACUGUAUGUUAAACCCUACUGAAGGCUUUUCUUGGACUGCAUCAAUAACUGAUUUUGCUGCAUGGUGUAUUUGUACGGAAAGCUGGAGUAUGUCCACAAGAAUUAGACUUGUACAGUAGCUAUUUUGUUUGUUGCAGUUAUAGUAUAAAUACAUGAAACAUUUUUGCAAAAAGGGCUGACUUUAGUGUAUUAUAAUUUAACAGUGUAGAUGUUUAUAAUAAUUCUAGUGGCACACUCCAGGAUACCUCCACAGAUUUGAGAUGACAUUAGGAGCUCCCCCAAAGUCCUCAAGUUUCAUUAGCAGUCAAAGAAUGAAAUACCUGCUCUCACUGCCAGCCACGCCAGCUUUACGGAAGCACUCAGCUCCGACUGUGUAAGUGUUUACAGCCCAAUGCAACAGACAAUAAGGUAAAGAAGACUCUCCAGACUUGCUGUUUUACACAGAAAACAAUGCCACUGUAAGCACAUGUCCACUUCUCCUGUUUGUCAACAGCAAACAAGCCAAAUUCUGCUCUGAACAGCUAACUCCCUGCCAAUCCUGUGUACCUGUAAAGGUCAACCCUGACAUUAAAGCUGAAUUCUGUUAGAACACGUUGCAUGAAGAAAGCUCAGUUGCAGUAUUACUGUCUGCUGUAUUGCUGUUCCAUGGAUACGAAUAAUGCACUCUGUUUGAUGAUGCCAGAAAACAUAUUUUGUAUUAAAAAAUGAUCAUUCUG